UGCAUAUUUUUUUGGGGGGGGGCAGAUAACAGGUCUACUAUUUGGUGCAAUUCAACAAAUCUCUGGCUAAUAAAUCUAGUAAACCAGAAUCUGACCAACAGGCUUGUGAAGAGCAGCGGAAAACAGUGGUUAGGCCUGUGAUUUAUAAUACUUGUUGUUGUGGGCAGCGGUGUGUCCGAUACUAUGAUCUGGGUGGACGUUUAGAUCACACAGUAUGCUAACUGCAGCGACUUUCGCUUUGUGAGCCAGCAAUUUACUUGGUAGCAAUGAUUAAGUGAAUAGCAGUGGAGGCACGAAUAACAGCUAGUUGACGACAUAAGCCGACGUAGACAGAGAGCCUCUCCGUUUUUUGAUCGACCAGCUCUUUGUGGUCUUCCCUGGCCCCGUUUCCAGCCUACCGUGUAUUUUUCCCCCCUCUACAAACGGACAGGCCGGUAAGCCUUCACCACCAAGAUGUCAAAAUACACAAGUUUCCCGGAGCCGAUCGAAGACCAAAACCCGUUCCAGGACCCUGCAGUGACUCAACAUAGCAGCAACACAGAGUAUGCUACGCUGGACCUUUACAACCCAUUUGACAAUAAAAAUGGGCCUCCACCCCCAUAUGAAGCCACCUGCCCAUCUGCUCCAUCUGUCCCUGCACAGACCCCACCUAGCAGGACAACACCCACAGAACCUCGCAACUAUGGCUCCUACAACUCCCAGCAGACUGUGGUGAACGCCACCACGGCAGAGCUCCUAAGAAAGCAGGAGGAGCUGGAGAAGAAGGCCCGUGAGCUGGAGAGGAGGGAGCGGGAGCUGGAGUCACACAGCUUGGGAUCUGGAGCCUCCCGUCAGAACAACUGGCCUCCAUUACCUUCGUUCUGCCCUGUAGGACCAUGUUUCUAUCAGGACAUCCAUCUGGAGAUCAGCCAGACAUUUCAGCGCACUGUCACCGUUAUGUAUUAUUUCUGGAUGUUCAGUGCCUGCACCCUGCUUCUCAAUCUGAUCUCCUCCUUGGCCAUGUUCUGUGUUGACCCCACUGGUGGUGUCGGCUUGGGCCUAGCCAUCCUAUGGGCACUUAUCUUCACCCCCUGCUCCUUCGUCUGUUGGUACAGACCCGUGUACAAAGCCUUCAGGAGUGACAGUUCCUUCAACUUCUUCGCCUUCUUCUUUAUUUUCUUUGCCCAAGUGAUUACCUAUGUCAUCAUGACUAUUGGAAUACCUGGAUGGGGUUUCAGUGGAUGGAUAGUGAGCCUGGCUGCUCUGAAUACCAGUGUUCCUGUUGGUGUGAUCAUGAUGAUCAAUGCCGUCCUCUUUACUGCCCAAACUGCUAUGGGCGUUGUCCUGCUUAAGAAGGUCCACUCUCAGUACAGGCAGACUGAUGCCAGUUUCCAGAAGGCCCAGGCUGAGUUUGCCACUGGAGUAAUGUCCAAUCAGACUGUACGCCAGGCUGCUGCCACCGCCGCCCAGGGGGCCUUCACGGGACCUCGAUAGAAAGGGAGUUGAGGGGGGGGGUGUAGCAUCUACGGGCUGGUGGAGUGGCCCCUAGAUGCUGCAAUGGGAUCAGUUCUUUAAAUUGGGUUGUCUGUCAGCUAACAGUGAGAAUUUGGGAGGAGGAAAACUGAUCCCUCGUUGGCACCUUGGGGCAACGAGUGAGACUGAAGUAGGUUUGCCUAAAUUGUGAAGGUGUAUAGGAUUUGUUGGCUGCUUCAUCUAGCCUUUAUUCAACUGUAGCAACAGGAGUCACCUAGUGAUGUAGGAGAUGGAAAGGUAGUGGAAAAUGCUUGUUUGAAAUCACGAGCUAUCAUGUUUUGAGUAUGUGUUAAUGAAACAGUAUUGUCAUAUUUAAAGUGUUAAUGAAUGCACAGGUAUAUACAUAAUGUAAAACAGUGUGACAAGUUGAACUUAUUUGGAGCACUUAGCCUGAAUUUUAUUCCCUGUAAAUGUCCUGAGAUCACGUGUGCUACUGAGAGCAAUGUACUAAAGCUCAAUAACAUUUAAUUCACAGCUAAGUAGCUCAAAUAUAUUUUACCUGUAAAACCGUUUUGUUGCUUAAGUGAACACUAACAAUUAGUUGUUUUGUUAUUAUUCCAAAUGAGAAUGUCUAUUUACCUUAUUGCCAAAAUGUAUCAUACUGUAAUAGCUAUGGGAAUGUGUGUUUUUUUUGUUUUUUUUUUUGGUUGUUGUAGUAUUACCUCUAUAUUGUUGUUCUUUUGGUGUCGUUUCUGGUUAUUGUUAUUAAAGGUAACUCUCUCAGUUUUAAUAAAAGAAAAAAUAUUGCCAUGCUUAUACAGUCCAACCCAUUUUCGAUGGCUUUCAUUCUACAGAGUUGAUGUGGAUGGGAUCUCAAAUCUUCUUUGAAAGUGGUUAAAUAUUGCUUCUCUCUUCAGCCUAAAUCACACUCGUAUCUCCCAGCUAAACAAACUUGGUGACAUUUUUUAUCACAUCUCUGGCUGUGUUUAUCAGGUAUUAUUCUUACAGUAAUUUUAUUUUAUGUCUGUACACUAUAAGAUAUAUAUUGCUUGUGUGUGUCAAAAUUGUAUUUUGUAGUUUUAACCUGGAACACUAAAUUUCCUACCUGCAAAAUAAGUUUACCUUCGGGUACUAAUAAAGAAACCUUGAACCUUGAGGGAA